CGUACAGCUUGCAGAUUUAUAACGGUACCUUCCCUAACCCUCGCCUGGCACGUCAGUCUGUCGCUGGCUUAACCAAAUCUGGAACAGUCGCUAUGAAACAGGGCUCAUUGAAGUCACCUCUCGAAGGAUACGAGAACGCUGAGCCUUUGCCAAACACUAUCAAUCCGGAUGGCAAAUCACUCUACAAUCCUCCUGCACCGGAUCGCAAGUUGUCCUCUUCAUACACAGAAUUCCCUCCUCCCAUCGAUUCCUCGAACAAUGGAUUCGACUUCCACAUAUACUAUAUGCAAAGCGUACCCGAGGAAAUGCAGUACGCCAAAGAGCUGCAUGAACGUAUCCGUCGGGAGUUCCCUGAAUUAAGAAUCUACAAAUUCUGGGACAAGCCGGUCGGCCCCCACCCGGUCGCCAUGUUCGAGGUGAACACGUUCACGCCCCAUCAGACUGGUGCGUUCUUCUCAUGGCUCACUGUUUGGCGCGGUCCUUGCUCAGUUCUGAUUCACCCUACCACGGACAGUCCGUACAAGGACCACACAGAGCUCAUGAGCUGGAUGGGGAGACCUUGGCCCUUGUACACUGAGCCAUUGAAGAAGAUGGCGGGCCGAGGAACGGUUGGCCGUCUUGAAAGCGUCCAAAGUUCGGUUGCGAAUGGUGCAGCUCGCUAGCAGCCAUGUCCUCAGUCCUAGCUACAGUAGUGUCUUUUCAACGCUGGGUAUCGAAGCAGCUGCUGGGGCAGCGGAGCUCCGCCUCCG